UCUCUCUCUCUCUCUCUCUCUCUCUCUGCAAUUUCAUCCGAGACAAAAGUACCUCCCUUCUGUGAAUUUCUGGCUCCCAUUGGGGUGCCUACCAUAGCUGUACAUUACCCUCUACCACAUUUCUCCAGACAAACCCACCUCUGCAACAUUUUUUUUAGCUUUGAGAAACACAAUGGACACAACAAUGUUGGUACCCCCAUGGCUAGAGGAGCUGCUGACCUCGUCGUUCUUCACUAUCUGCCGAACCCACGGCGACGCAGCCAGGAGUGAAUGCAACAUGUUCUGCUUGGACUGCAGCGGAGAUGCAUUUUGCUUCUACUGCCGCUCGUCUCGGCACAAAGACCACCAAGUGAUCCAGAUAAGGAGGUCUUCUUACCAUGAUGUGGUGAGGGUUUCGGAGAUACAGAAGGUUCUUGACAUCGGUGGAGUUCAGACCUAUGUGAUAAACAGUGCUAGAGUUAUGUUCUUGAAUGAGAGGCCACAACCCAAAGCUGGAAUCAAAGGAGUCCCCCACAUUUGUGAAAUCUGUAGCAGAGGACUCUUGGACCCAUUUCGAUUCUGCUCUCUGGGUUGUAAGCUUGUGGGAAUAAAGAGGAAUGGGGAUGCCAACUUUACAUUGGGGGCAAGGAAUGAAGAGGGAAAUGGAAAUGGAAAUGGAAGAAGAGAAGGAAUGAUAACAUCAUCAACAACAAGGAGAGUGACAGUGGGAGAAGCAGAGUUGCGUGAAGGCUCACAACAAGACAUGUACCCGGACACGCCUCCGCCACCUCCUUCUUCAACAACAAGGAGAAGGAAAGGCAUUCCUCAUAGAGCACCAUUUGGGACCUAAAUACCUAAAAACACCAAAAUUAGGGAGCAAAUUUACCCUCUUUCAAAAUUCAAACAAAAAGUUUAUUAAUUUAUUUUCAACUCUUGUUUAUGCAGAAAACCCACUGGGUUUUUCUUUCUUUCUCUUUUUCAUUUUUCUUGGUCAUGUACUUGGUCAAGAAUGUGAAGAGAAAGAAGAGAAGAGGGUACAAGUCUACAUGAGAGGCUUUGGAGACCAAGAAGAAAACAAAUGGGUGUGUAUUGGAAUUGGGGUAUAGGAAAAAAAAAGUUGUUCCUUUUAGGUUUUGGGGUCCCAAAAACAACAAACUUCUCUCCAUUUGCGAAUGUGAGAAGAAGAAGAAUGCCAAUAAUGCAUAGUUGUUAUUGAUAGUUGCAAGGUGUAUAUGUCAAUUAAGAAAUUUAAAGCAAGUCUUUGUAGAA